AUGCUGCUUCUCGAAGUCAUGUUCGGAGAGGCGCUCGGACUGCAGCGCUGGCACUGCUGGCGGUGCCAAUCUAACGAGUCAGCACUGCACCGAAGGACGUCUCAGGACGCGGAGGCAGUGGCAGUGGCAGUGGCCAGUGCUGGUGCUGGUGCUGGUGCUGAUGUUGGUGCUGACGUUGGUGCUGGUGCUGGUGCUGGUGCUGAUGUUGGUGCUGACGUUGGUGCUGGUGCUGGUGCUGGUGCUAGAGCUGGUGCUGGUGCUGGAGCGACUCUCCUGGUUAGAAUGUAG